CGCUCGUCCUUGACGUACUACGUGUGCAAGUGGGUGUUUGAAUGAGUGGCGCGCUGCUGAACGGGUUGCCGUUGUGUGCGUCCCGUGGAGAAGCUCGUUUUAUUCCUGGCUAAUUGAGCGGAGCAGGCGACACCAGUUGAGUUCUGCCGCGGCGUUCUUGUCGAGCAGAGUGUGCCUCGGAGACGCAUCUCACUUGCUUGGUCGUCACAGGCUUUUUCUGAAGGAGGUGUAACGAAGCAGGCCCAGGACCGCCGCCAGAAGCAGUGACCGAGCAGACUCGAAGGAGCAGAGAUGGCCCCCGAACGACGCGUGCCCAUCCAGAAGUCCGACCUCAGCAUCCUGGACAAUGAGUUCAGCUCGAUCCGGGAGCGUUUCGAGGCCGAGAUGCGCAAGAUGGAGGACGAGAUGUCGCGCUUCCGCUCCCAGCUCAUGGACCACGAGCGCGACUUCUUCGCCAAGAGCAAUGCGCCGCUCCAGGGAUCUGGCCAGCUGCCACCAGGCAUGGGCGCAGCCAGCAAGACCUGGUUGGACAGCAUGAACUCGCCGCUCAUUCAGGAUGCCGAAGACGGAACCAAGCAGCUCAAGCUGCGCUUUGACGUCUCUCAGUAUGCCCCCGAAGAAAUUGUCGUCAAGACCAUCGACAACCGGCUGCAGGUGCACGCAAAACACGAGGAGAAGUCUGAGAAUCGAUCUGUGUAUCGGGAGUACAACCGGGAGUUCCUUCUGCCCAAGGGCACCAACCCUGAGCAGAUCAAGUCGCAACUGUCCAAGGAUGGCGUGCUCACAAUAGAGGCCCCGCUGCCCGCUCUCGAGGCGCCCAACAAGGAGCGCAACAUCCCCAUCGACAAGAAGUAGAGUGCCUCUCUCUCUCUCUCAUUUCUCGACCUUUUGUUUCCCGUUUUUGAUGAGGCAUGUUCACGGAAUUGGGCCUGCCUAAAGCUUACAUGUGCCUCAUGAAGUCAGUGCAGAGACAGUGAGAGUUGGUGCAGUUGUGACUGGGGACUUUGCAGAAUUGUUGGCCCUUGCGUUUGGGGGCUCCCUCUGUGGGCAGCUCCCUAUAUCUGAUAGUUUCAAAAAAAAAAAAGUAUCAGUAUACGCUUCCAUUUCAGCACACAGAUUGGUUCUAGAGUAGGCCUUCAACAGUACAAAGAUAAAGCCCCGGCCACUGAAUAACGCAUUUUGAACUAGUUGGUUGUUCAUACUGAAGCCAAAACAGCACCCACUGACGAGGAUAAAUCGAAGAAGAAGCGCCUGUGUGUUGUGUUUCUUCGGUCCAUCCUUGUCUGCAGGCACUGUUUUCGCCCCGGCCACUGAAAUUCAUCUCGCAACAGAGGUGCAUGUUUGAGGAAGGUGAUAUUUUUUGCUUGCUUUGGAAAUUUGAAAGCUGUAGAAUAGGGCAAAUACUUUUCUUCUUCUAUAGCUACAAGUAAAAUUUUGUUGCCUUUGUACUCAACAGCAUCUGUAUAUAUAUGAAUAGUUUAAUGGAUGAAUAAUUGAAUAUACAACAUUGAACAUGUACAACAUAGAAUGUACAACAUGUACAUAGAAGUUCCUCAUGUAAAUUGUGAGGCUUCUUCUGGCCCAAAUAUGAUAAGUAGAUCUGCAGUUUACUUUCUCAUUUUCUGAGAUAGCAAGAUACUUUCCUGCAUGAAGCUCCUGUGUGUUCUGUAAGACGAGGGUUAUUUCAAGCUAGGCAUCAGUGUUGCAUGUGUGUACAACGAGAGAAGUUAGAUUUGUAAUAUUUAAAUUGUUUUUAUGACAUAAGAACUUUGUGUAUGAAAGUUCUUAUGUCAAGACACAUAGAUAUUGCACGUUUUGCUGGACCCCACACUUAUGCAUCGUAACUGUCUCUGCACUGUUCCAAUUUAUUUAUUUUAGAUAUUAUUUACUUUAGAUAUCCACCCUUUGUGCAGUGUUUAGCACUGUCAAUCAAGGUGUGACAGGUUCUGCUCGAGACGGUGUGAAAUGACAUACUAUAUGUUGAUGUCUCAGUUUUAUAGUUUGUUUUCCUCAUGCAUUGUCCAACAGAAAUGUUUGGAGCUGCAUUGUCAGUGAUGAACAGAGUUCACUGGGCUUGCCUAUCAAUUCGGCAUCAGUCUCAAACAAGUGCUUGAACAGAGCACGUCAACAAAGCUUUGUGCUGCUUUAAGCGUCUUUACUACUGGAAUAGUUUGGUAUAGUAAGUUCAACAUGCCAUGUCUGCAGAUGAUGUGGCAACGCAUUUCUGGCCAUUCUGACUAUGAGCAGUCGUCCAAGUGUCACUGGUUGUACCCUUGUGUGUUGCAGACGGCCUUAGCUAGCGUUCACUGCACUUGUUAACCAGCUUUUAUUACAGAUGGCUUGCACUGAGAUCAUCACGACUACCACGUCUGAGUAUUACUGGAAUGGUAGAAGGCUGCCUACGCUUAUUUUUGCUGCUGAAACUAAGCUUUCAGCUUAUUUUGAGCAGCACAUCCCACGCUGUGAUGACAACUCGUAAGCACACUCUCUGUGAUGUUUCAUGGCAAGCUGUCUGUGGUUGGCACGAAUCUCUCUCUCAUCACUGGCAACUUCCAAAGCCUUUCAAUGUGCAGCUACAUGACUCAGUUUUCAAAGAGGGUAGUAUUCUUCCCUUUUAUUUCUGUAAGUAAUGUGGAACCUUUCGACCUGGUGUGUGUUUUUUUUUUCUCAUUUGAGAAAUAAAAUGAAGGUAGCAGGGGGUCACUUAUUUUAGUUAAAAAAGCCUCUCACACAGGUUAUGGGAAUUUCUAUUUUUUUAUUGUUAAAGGUAAUAGGCCAGUGCAGUUUUAUUGGUUUAGGUACCUGCCAUGUCAUAGAGUUUUUGUGUUGUUUCAUUAGAGUACUCUAUUUUGCUAGUACAUUACUGAACUAUUGUAGUGCCUGGCAACCUUUGUGAACUGGUGGGACAGCGGUGCUGCUCUGCUCUUUCUACAUGCACAGCUUCACGGGCACUUGAUGGAAAAGAGCUGUAGUGGUUGGCUGUGAACAUAUCGGCGAUUUGGUGUGCAACUCGUUCUUGCAUACUGUGGCAAGAGUCCACCAGUAAUGGAGCAGUGGUUAUUAUGCUCGACCACCAAGCCAAACGUUGCUGGUUUGAUGUUGGCCAUGGUGGUCACGUUUUGAUAAAGGUGUAAUGCUAGAGGCUUAUGUGCUGUGCAAUGUCAGUGCACACUAAAGAACACGACAUUGUAAAAAUUUCCGGAGCCCUCCACUGCACCAUUUCUCAUAAUCAUAUUGUGGUUUUGGGAUGCGAAACCCCAAAUAAUUCUGGGGCAAGAGGUCACUAAGACAAGUUUCACAAUGAUGGGCAAGCUUUGCGACUAAGUGCCUUGCAACUAGCUGCCUCUAAUUCAAAAUAUGGUCCCCAUGGUUGUGUACCCAGAAAUUGGUUUACAGCUGCUGCUCGGUCAGACUGCAUUCGGCAAUGUAUUGUGAUGGUGCAAAAACAGACAAAAUUUUUUAAACCUGCCGUAACAUUUCUUGCACGCAUGGCUACUGUUGGAUUUGAAAUAUAUUAAUAGAAAUUAGUUUCACGCUCGCUUGUACUGUCAGAUUUUUCGUGCAACAUGCUACAAUGCCUUUCUAUUGAGUGUGUUUGAAGCUGUGCAUGUUGAGACGUCACUGUGUGUGUGCCACGCUGGCAGUGCCAUCGUACGACUUGCAGCUGUGCAUCAAGAGCUACAGCUUUUGCCUCAGCCUGUUUUCAUAGAGUUUUUUAGAGGUGGUAAUCACAUUGAUAUGCAUGUCUCACCCUGUGAGGUUCAUAGAUGAUGGUUGUGCUGGGUGCAAUCUGAACAAAAGGCGGUAUGUGGCGUACGUUGAGAAAAUGUCACAUUUGUUGGAUGUUUUUUUUUAUUUAGUGGUUUUCUUGCUCCUUUAUUGAGUCACAUUUUAUGUCUCGCAUUACCAUGACAAUCUCAUUUCCUGACCUUUAGUUUAUCUCUAGGAGAGGGUGUGUUCACACACAUGUUGCUUCAGUUUGUUAGCUGUGAAUGUUUUUUAAACUGAUGGGCCGUUAUGUAUUUCCCUAAGUAUCAUUGGGGCUGAUGUAGUAGUAUGCUUCAGUUAAGCCGAAAAAAUUUUUUUUUGAAGUGCUGAUAGUAAAUGCUAUUGUUCUAUAAUGGAAGUGUUUCCAUUAUCAAAAUGGAAGAAAUUCAUGUAAAACUUAAUUCAGUUUAUAAUGGAGCAUUGGUGUUAAAGAGGUACAAAAAGAAAUUUGAGAUAGUGAACCCAGUGCUGUAUAUAAUAACCAAUUAGGUAUUUAGGAACACUUCAGCACACCUUGCAUUAAUUACAGCUUAGAUAGCCUUGGUGUAUUCUGAUAUUUAUUAUGAUGUUACACUUGCUUCAACACCAGCUCCUUCUUUAUGUUACAAUUAAAAUGACUGUUAACUGGCAUUUUUUGAAUUCUUACUGUUUUAUGCUUUCCACUCUUACUGUAAAAGUUCCCUAGACAUGACACAUGAUAGCUAGUAUACUGGCAUGCAGAUAAUGGGUGAACUUUAAGAUAAAUGUCUAUACUAUGUGCUGUCUUUGUAUUGCAAGGGCACUGUCACUAGUCUGGCAUAGUUUAGUGUGUGAAUUCAGUGUGAGCUGAUAUUGAGCUAAAUUGGUCCUUUUCAUCAGUCCUACGCAUUAACUGAUGACUUGCUUAUUGGGCACUGCAUUCGCUUAAGUGGCGUUUUCUCAUUUUACUAGAGUAUACAGUCUUGAUAUUUCGUUUUUCAAUCCCAAAGGCUUUUUUAAAUCAUAAAAAUGUUUAGUGAUGGUUUGUGAAGUGUUUUAUGAUUUGAAAUUGACAUUCAGUACCUUCUGUUCUAUGAUAAACUAAAGGCAUAUAGGUAUUCAUUAGAUAUAAUGUCCUUAUGUCAGGAGGCUAAAUAUCUUCAAAUUUCUUUAAAAUAAAACUGUGGUUUAUGCUGAUCAGCCCUUAUAAAAAAGCAAACCUUUUGGACCAAGCAAAUGUGAGUGGCUCACAGGUGCUUAUAUGCAUUUCACGUAGUACUUAUAAGAGCUCGCGUGAAGGAAUAGAAUUGAUGCAAACAUGACUGCUGUGACAUAUGGCAAGAACUUGAAUCAAUGGAAUCAAAGAUGCUGCAGAGUUGCUCUAUUUUUACCAGUUGCUGUAUGUUGUGCUUACCUUGGUGCAGCCUAAAUUGUAUUGAGAGACUUUGUGCACAGUCACCUGUUAUGACCGUGCUUUUUUGCAUGAUAUGUUGAUGUCUUCACUUUUGGUGGGUAGAUGUUUCCUGUGAGGCUCAUUGGUGGGACCAUAGCUGGGCUUACGUUUAGCCUUUUCUUUUUUGGGAGAGUAGCAAUGAGUGUGUUCUUGUGCCCAGCGCAUUGCCAUGACACUCUGCUCGCCAGUCCUGUGACGUUAGGACGUUAGAAAGGUGGUGUGUGUUCCGCUUUGGCAGUUCCUUUCUUUUUUACAUAUGUACGUGUACGCCACAAAACCACACACGCCUUGCCCAAUAAAGUGCAGCUCGUGCUGGUGCUGAGUUAA